AUGACUGAGGUGUCGUCCACCAGGCUGUACUUGGGAAACCUCCCACGACAUGCUACCAAAUCCGAUGUCGAGGCUCACUUUGCGACCCACGGCACUGGAGAGAUCACCGAGGUGAAGCUGAUGAAUGGCUUCGGUUUCAUCGAGUAUAAGGAUGCAAUGGAUGCCCGUGAUGUCGUCCCAGCUUUCCAUGGAUCCGAUUUUAUGGGAGAACGCCUCACUGUUCAGUUUGCCCGUGGAACUCGACACCGAGAGGGCGGUAUGGGGCACGAGCGUGCUCCGCCGCGACCGCGUAGAACUCCUCACCGAAUGCAGAUUACGGGACUUCCGAAUGAUACCAGUUGGCAGGACCUGAAAGAUUUCGCCCGUCAAUCAAGCCUUGAUGUGGUGUACUCUGAGACUGGCCGGGACUCUAAUGGACGAGGCUUCGUCGAAUUUGAGACUGCCGCAGACCUGAGAACUGCUAUUGAAAAGCUGGACGGUCGCGAAUUCAAAGGAAGUCGCGUCCAGUGCCUUGUCGACACUCAACCCGACAUGCCACCUCGAGACCGUGCCCGAUCCCGCUCGCCAGGACGCCGGCCCUACCCGCCCCCAGCGUUUGAUAACUACGAUCGCCGAGGAGGACCACACCGAGGCUACAGUCGCGAAGCACCUCCGGCGUACAGCUACCGCGAUCGAAGCCCUCGUCGCGAGUACUACGAUGACAGGGCUCCGCGCUAUCGUUCACCCCCUCGUCGACCGGUGGAGGAUUACCCGCCGCCCCGAGGACGCUAUGAAGAGCCUUACCGGCGUGAUUACCCGCCACCUGCCGACCCUUAUGUAAACGGCGGCCGACCUGCGUAUGAUCGACCUCCAAGGGAAUUUCCUCCGAGGGAGCCAGCAUACCCCAGAGAGGGAGGGUAUGCGCGUGACUACGAUCGUGGCGGGCGCUACUGGUAA